AUGGAAAUAUCUAAACUUCACAUACAUGAUAUCAUUAUCAUAGGAGCUGGCCCCUGCGGACUUGCAGUUGCAGCACGUCUUUGCGAAAACACACCCUCGUCUCUCUUUACCGAAGCCGAGCAUCGACACUUCCACUGGAUGAAAGCAUCAAAUUCGUCAAAGCGCCAAUCUAAGCCUGUAAGAACUAGCCGACGUUCCAAUACUUCUUUAGAUCGUCUUUUAUCAGGUCCUUCCGUCUCAGGAAAGUUGGACAUUCUUGCUUUGGAUGCUACAAGUGACAAAUGGAUGGGAGCAUGGAACAAGCGAUUCGAGAUCUUGAGUAUCACUCACUUGAGAAGUCCUAUGUUCUUUCAUCCAGAUCCAAGAGAUCGAGAUGGUAUGCUGGAGUAUGCUUAUAGAAAUGGCAAGGAGAAGGAAUUGAAGGAGAUCAAGGGGGUUAUUGGCAAAAGCUUGAGUAAGCAUCAGCGAAAGCAAAAGGCUAAGAAUGGUCAUAGAUCUCAGGAGACAACUUACUUGGACGAACGUGACCGUAACGAUUUCUUCCGCCCUUCGACUCGUUUCUUUAGCGAGUACUGCAACGACGUCGCGUGCCGGUACAACAUUGACAGCAUCGUGGAGAAGUCAACAGUUACCUCAGUCUCAUACAGCCCAAAUGAAUUUGCAGAUGGAGGAAUCUUCACACUACAAACUUCUACUGGAGUAAAGAGAGCUCGGAACGUUGUCUUCGCAGCAGGUCCAGCCACACCUCCAACAAUCCCACCAACAUGCACUUUUUGUCACAAGAAUCCAGAAGGUGUCUCUCAUGCAUUCUCACCGCAUCCAUCGCCGACAUCGUCGCUUCCAGAUCACGUACUCAACAAAAUCAAAAUUGGAAGAAACACAAGUGUUGCUGUUAUCGGAGGCGGGUUAACAUCAGCACAAGUCACCUGCGCUGCCAUCAACUCCAAAAUCUCCAAAGUCUAUCAUCUCAUGCGUGGUCCCAUGAAAGUCAAGCAUUUCGACGCAGAUCUCUCGUGGGUCGGUAAAUAUCGCAACUUUCAACAAGCAGCGUUCUGGGGCGCAGAAUCUGACGAGGAGCGAUUUGAGAUGAUCACUGAAGCGAGAGGCGGCGGUAACUUCACGCCAGAAUACAAAAAGCUUGUGCUGGAUUUGGUCAAAACCGGUCAAGUCGACAUGUUUGAGAACAUAGAGGUUGUUGACGCUGAGUGGGAUAAAAAUAUAGACAUGUGGAAGUUGAAGACUGAGCCCAGCGUCGAGGGACUUUGUGUCGAUCACAUUGUUUAUGCAACUGGUGCUCAGGCUGACUUUAUGAGUAUCCCGGCUCUACAGUCUCUUCGUGAAAUGGCUCCCAUCAAAUCUGUCAAUGGACUGCCAUGCAUUACUAAUGAUCUCCAGUGGAACGAGGACAUACCCUUUUUCUUCUCUGGUCGCUUUGCAGGUUUGAGACUUGGUCCCUUUGCCGCAAAUCUCGAAGGUGCUAGAACAGGCGCAGAAAGAAUUGCUGGGAGACUUGCGGAAUUGUGUGAGGGCGAGAGAUCGGAUAGUGGUUAUGACAGCGAAACUUAUUUGGGAAACGCUGAUGAUGUUGAUAUGAGAAGACUAGGCUUGGGAGCAGCAAAUCAGUUUGGCGUUCUGGCUUCGAAUAGGGUGACCUUUGACGACGAGUCCGAGUAA